GGCAUCCCUCUUGCUGCUAUUCGCUUUCCUGAGAAGGAUUAAUUGAUAACAGAAGAUCUCAGUGGGUUCCAAAAAGUGAAUCAUGAUACAGAAACAAGGAGUAACCAAAUGUGGACUGGCAGAAGUCCUUCUGCUGGUGUUGGCUGCCUUGUUGAUAGGAAGAGGAAUGUGUACACGUUAUUAUGGAUAUAAUCCUUGUGAUGAGGAAGAAGCACCCAACAGAGGGACUCAUUUGCAUCUUACUAAGCAGGUAUGUGGGCGACCCACUGCCAUCAACAGGAAUGUGGGGGGUGAAGACUCUAUGGAAGGUGAAUGGCCGUGGCAGGUCAGCUUGAGGAAGAUGGGUAAACAUGUGUGUGGAGGGGCCCUAAUCUCUGAAGACUGGGUUGUGACAGCAGCACAUUGUUUUCAACAGAAUAGCAAUCCAUCCCAAUUCAAUGUGUUGUUGGGAGCCAACACACUGGAGAACUCCUGGCCCCACAAACUCUCUAUUGGAGUUGGAGAAAUCAUCCGAAAUCCCCGGUAUGCAGGAGAAGCCACGAGUGGAGAUAUCGCCUUGGUGCGUUUGGCUCAACUAGUCAGGUUCACCAACUACAUCAUACCCAUCUGUCUACCUGCAGCCAAUGUGCAAUUUCCCCCAGGAAUGAAGUGCUGGGUCACAGGCUGGGGAGAUAUCAGUGAGGGACAGGACCUACCAGCUCCAAAGAAGCUCCAAAAGCUCCUGGUGCCCAUAAUAGACACCCAGACAUGCAGGAGACUAUAUAGUACUGACAUGGGCCAGAAUAUGCCCCCCAAAAGCAUCCAGGAUGACAUGAUGUGUGCCGGUUAUGCUGAGGGCAUGAAGGACACCUGCAAGGGUGACUCGGGUGGCCCACUGAUGUGCAAGAUGAACAAAGAAUGGCUCUUGGCUGGUAUUGUGAGCUGGGGAGAAGGCUGUGCUGAGAGGAACCGUCCCGGUGUGUACAUCCGUCUGACUGCCUACCAGGGUUGGAUUCAUUGGCAUAUCCCUGAUAUGGAGUUCACUCAGCCUAGCCAAGCUAACAUCAGGGUCAAGAAUACAGGUGUUAGAAGAACCAAUGGGAUGGGACUAUCUUUCUUCACCACUACUCUGUUGCUGGUCUUAGCAUGGACUCUCAAUCAAGUCUUGGCAUAGGAUCUGGGGAAAGAAGAAACCGCAAGUGGACAUGUGGUGUGGGGUCAUCCUUUUUUUCACCUCCUUCCCAUUUCCCAGUCAUUCCUUAGUUUGUCAGCCCAGUGUUCUCAUGUUUUGGCCUCCAUUUAC